GUGACGGACGGUGACUUUAUACGCCCUAUUCGCCAUGCUGUUCUUUGCUACCGCGCUGUUGCUUAUCAUGGAGGUGUACACGCUCACAUGCUAUCACUGCACGGACUGUAAGCCAGAUAAAUCCAAGGUGGCAGGAAUGUGCGGAGCAUGUUUAACCGAUUUUGACUACGUGAACAACAAACUGGUCAAGGUUUCUCGAGUCUGUGCUGGCGGGUGCAUCGCAUACGACACACGUCCCGGUGGGACCGGACAACUUCGAACCUGCUGCCAUGAAGAUUUCUGCAAUUGUCGCUCUGAGCCAGGAACCUGAACACGUCAGGAGUAAAUCCUCUGUUCAAUAUUGUCAGACUGCAAAUCAGUGCGCUGUAUUGACUGAUUUUUUCCAAAAUUCUGACCCUAUAUGUCUCCCUAAUGGAGUUACAUAUUUUCUCCCUUAUUUUGCAGCAAAAUAGCACAUAAUCAUGUAAACAUGUUUGUAAUAUAAGAACAUCUGC